CUGCGUCGUCGUUGUCCGGCCCGGGCCCCUGCGGCGUUUCACAGUAUGGAUCUGGCCUCGGCUAUCUCGGACGCGUACUAGGUUCAGCUGCCACCUCUGCUUUUCUUCCGCGCCCGGGCCACCCGCCCUCAGCCAUGAGCACGCUCGGCCCGGGUGGAGCCCGUUGCCCUCUAGAUUAGUUUCCGCCGCCUCUUGAGAUCCGUCUGCAGCAUGGAGUCGACUGCCUCGAGUCAGCCUGCCAGCCUGCCCCAGUCCAAAGGGAAAUCCAAGAGGAGGAAGGAUUUACGAAUAUCCUGUGUAUACAAGCCACCUGCACCCAACCCCACACCCCCCCGGAACCUGGACUCCCGGACCUUCAUCACUAUUGGAGACCGAAACUUUGAGGUGGAGGCUGAUGACCUGGUGACCAUCUCAGAGCUGGGCCGUGGAGCUUAUGGGGUGGUGGAGAAAGUGCGGCAUGCCCAGAGUGGCACCAUCAUGGCUGUGAAGCGGAUCCGGGCCACUGUGAACUCCCAGGAACAGAAGCGGCUGCUCAUGGACCUGGACAUCAACAUGCGCACAGUCGACUGCUUCUAUACUGUCACCUUCUAUGGGGCCCUCUUUAGAGAGGGAGAUGUAUGGAUCUGCAUGGAACUCAUGGACACAUCUCUGGACAAGUUCUACCGGAAAGUGCUGGAGAAAAACAUGACAAUUCCAGAGGACAUUCUGGGGGAGAUUGCUGUGUCUAUCGUGAGGGCCCUGGAGCACCUGCACAGCAAGCUGUCUGUGAUCCACAGAGAUGUGAAGCCAUCCAACGUGCUGAUCAACAGGGAGGGCCACGUGAAGAUGUGUGACUUUGGCAUCAGUGGCUACCUGGUGGACUCCGUGGCUAAGACGAUGGAUGCUGGCUGCAAGCCCUACAUGGCUCCAGAGAGAAUCAAUCCGGAGCUGAACCAGAAGGGCUACAAUGUCAAGUCUGACGUCUGGAGUCUCGGCAUCACCAUGAUUGAGAUGGCCAUUCUGCGGUUCCCUUAUGAGUCCUGGGGAACCCCAUUCCAGCAGCUGAAGCAGGUGGUGGAAGAGCCGUCCCCUCAGCUCCCAGCUGACCGUUUCUCCCCCGAGUUUGUGGACUUCACUGCCCAGUGCCUAAGGAAGAACCCAGCAGAGCGCAUGAGUUACCUGGAGCUGAUGGAGCACCCUUUCUUUACUUUGCACAAAACCAAGAAGACGGACAUUGCUGCCUUUGUGAAGGAGAUCCUGGGAGAGGACUCAUAGGGGUCUGGCCUGGGACCCCACUCUGGCCCUCCAGAACCCCAAAGUUUCCUCAGCUGGGGCAGUGCAUGCCCACAGUCAUAAGCUACUGCCAUCCUAGCCCUGGGAGUUCCAGGAGGAAUUGAGGGGGUUGACCCACUUGGCUCUGCAACUAGCCAUUUGCCCCAAGUGCCAAAGAACCAGACCUUCGGGGCCUCCAGCUGGGCCUGUGUGAGACACAUUAGUGCCUCUGCCCUUGCUGCUCCAAGGACCCUACGUCUCCACCCUCCUGGACUUGGAGGGGCAUGGAUGCCCCUUUCUGGAUGCUACUUCCUCUUGCAGAGAAGGCAGCCAGUGCCCAAGUGGUCAAGGUCACUGCCUCAGCCCAGCCCUGGAUGCCACCAAGUUGUAUAUUUUUUUUUUAUAUCUCAACUGUUGGACUUUGCACACUCUGGCCCAGGGUAGCCACGCCUCUAUCCUGGCCUCAUUGUGGAGGACACAGUAAGAGGAUGAGCCAUACAAAUCCCUGCAAGAUUUCCACAAGGGAGAUGCCUAGAACCACUGAGGCCUUCACCCCAGCACUGUAGACAGGGCCUCCAAGGGGCACACCAGUUACCUGGUGCCUCUAAGAGUGUUGGUUCAUCUUUUUUUUUUUUUUUUUUUUUUUUUUUUCCUUUUUUUUU